GGUCAUGCACUUCACUCCCCUUUCAAUCACAUUCGUCACCGUCCGCCGUCACCUCUCAUCAAUCGGAAACGGAAUCUAUGGUGGACUGACUUUCUAGCUUCAGCCUCUGCUCUGCUCCGGUGAAUCACAAACACUCACCAUUUCUGAUCGAUUUCACAGUUUCAGCCAUUUCCUUCCCUAUUGGUAAUGGACAGCACUAUCGUUUUCUCCACUGCAUUCUCCCCAUCUUCACGAAUCUCCUUACACCUUCGAUCCCGUCCACCACCCUUUUCCACCGCUAAAUAUCCACUCCACAAAACCCACUUUUUCUCUCCUCCGCCGAUCACCACCACCACCACCACUUCCUCCUCCAAUCCUCUCCGUCUCAGGUCCUCCCUUCUUACUCCACUCGCGAAACCCAUCAGACCCUUUUCAGCAUCAUCGUCUAAUGACGACAAUUCGAUCACAGAACCUCCGAAAACCCAAUUACAAGGUGCAAAGAUCGUACCUCUAGCACUCUCACUCGCAAUCGGAAUAGUCGUACGUUUCUUCAUCCCCAAACCCGUUGAAGUCACGGAGCAAGCAUGGCAGCUCCUCUCUAUUUUCCUCUCCACCAUCGCGGGGCUCGUUUUAUCUCCAUUGCCCGUCGGCGCGUGGGCUUUUCUUGGACUCACGACGACCGUCCUAACCAAAACGUUAACUUUUGAGACGGCAUUUAGUGCCUUCACCAACGAAGUGAUUUGGUUGAUUGUGAUUUCGUUCUUUUUCGCUCGUGGGUUCGUUAAGACUGGAUUAGGGGAUAGAAUCGCGACUUAUUUUGUCAAAUGGUUAGGGAAGAGCACAUUGGGGUUGUCUUAUGGUUUGACGUUAAGUGAGGCAUUGAUUGCUCCGGCGAUGCCUAGCACCACCGCCAGGGCCGGUGGUGUUUUCUUGCCUAUUAUUAAGUCGUUAUCUCUGUCAGCCGGAAGUAAGCCCAAUCAUCCGUCUGCCAGGAAGCUUGGGUCUUAUCUCAUUCAGUCACAGUUGCAGUGUGCUGGUAAUUCUAGUGCUCUUUUUCUGACUGCUGCAGCACAAAAUCUCUUGUGUCUGAAACUGGCCGAAGAACUCGGGGUCGUAAUUGCAGACCCGUGGAUUUCUUGGUUCAAGGCCGCUAGCUUACCUGCUUUCAUUUCGCUUCUACUUACUCCGUAUCUCUUGUACAAACUUUACCCUCCCGAAACAAAAGAUACACCAGAGGCCCCUGCCAUGGCUGCAAAGAAGCUCGACCUUAUGGGUCCUGUCACGACUAACGAAUGGGUGAUGAUUGCCACCAUGCUUCUCGCCGUCUCUCUAUGGGUAUUUGGGGAUGCUACCGGAAUAUCCAGUGUUGUCACUGCAAUGCUCGCCUUAUCGGUCCUCCUGUUGUUAGGCGUACUUAAUUGGGACGACUGCUUAACGGAAAAAUCAGCAUGGGACACUUUGGCUUGGUUUGCUGUACUUGUGGGCAUGGCUGCACAAUUAACCAAUCUCGGAAUAGUUACAUGGAUGUCGAACUGUGUUGCUAGUUCUCUAAAAUCCUUAUCAUUAAGCUGGCCGGCUGCUUUUAGUGUUCUUCAAGCAGCUUAUUUCUUGAUCCACUACAUGUUUGCAAGCCAAACCGGCCACGUGGGAGCUUUGUAUUCCGCUUUUCUUGCUAUGAAUUUGGCAGCCGGGGUGCCUGGGGCGUUGGCGGCACUUGCCCUGGCUUAUAAUACAAACUUAUUUGGUGCUUUAACUCAUUAUAGUAGCGGGCAGGCUGCUGUAUACUUUGGAGCUGGUUAUGUAGACCUCCCGGAUGUCUUCAGACUCGGGUUCAUUAUGGGCUGUGUUAACGCCGUCAUCUGGGUGGUCGUUGGCGGUUUCUGGUGGAAAUUUUUGGGGCUUUAUUGAUUUUCAAGUUCCAUGUAAGUAGAUAUCUUUGUUUUGUUCAUAUCGUCCUUCAUUCACAACACGCACAACCGUUUUUUUGAAAAGGGCUGAUCUUUGGAAAGAGUCGGGAUUGUUCAAGUGUAACGAAGAGAAUCAUAUAGCUUGUUAUAAAAUGAAAUCGAUUCUUCUUUGUU